CCCCCUCUUUACUCUUCACUCACCAAUUAACUUCCAAACAAAUCAUCUUCACUAACUAGCAAGCUAAAACAAACCUCACAAGCAGAAUGUCUGGUGUUUGGGUCUUCAAGAACAAUGGUGUUAUCCAUUUAAUGGAAAAACAAGGAGGAGGAAGCAGCACUUGUUCUUCAAGGAAGAAAGUUUUGGUGCACUUGGCAACAGGGGAAGUAGUAUCUUCGUACUCGUAUCUUGAGAGCCUCUUAACUGGGCUUGGAUGGGAGAGGUAUUAUGGAGGAGACCCUGAGCUCUACCAGUUCCACAAGUACUCCUCUAUUGAUCUCAUAUCUCUCCCUAGAGAUUUCUCCAAGUUCAACUCUGUUUACAUGUAUGAUAUUGUAGUUAAGAACCCUAAUGUCUUCAAUGUUAGGGAUGUCUAGCUAAUUAACCUCAUCUCCAAUUUCCAUACUCCAUACAUACAUGUAUGAUAUUGUACAUAUUCUUAGGUGGUUUGGCAGAUAGGGCUUGUGCCAAACCCCACUCCCUCUCUAUUUUCUAGCUAAGGUUGUUUGCAUCUCAUCGUGUUAUGGUUUUCUCCCUAGAGGAUUUUCAUUCACUCAUAAUUGUACGUAAUUAUGUAUGUUUGUUUGUAUAUGGCUUCCUCUUCCUGCCCCUCACAAGAAUAAAGAAAUUGAAUUCGUUUGCUAAUAAUACUAUCUCUAUUCUAUU